GACGGAGAAAGAAAUAUUGUGCUUUUUCUACUGCUGGUGGUAGUGGCUGCAUGUUGUCACUGACGCCUUGAUACCCUCCUCUUUUUCUAUUUUUUCGUGUGUCUGCGAGGACCAUCCUAUAAUUAUUGUAGUCCCCACGACAACGAAUCUCGACGAUAACACUCCCUAUCUCUCGAUGUGGUGGAUGUGAACGAGGCAUCAUCCAAUGCACCUGAUUUCGUUCAUUUUUCUACCACACUUCUCUCACAUCUUAUCUGAAACCAACUUGGCUUCUGAUUCUUCACAUCGUCAAAAGUUAUGCGAUUAAUAUGGACUUGUUGGUUGUGGGUGGCUCUCGUCAUCUCAUUUACUUUUGCAGGAGGACAUCAAGUAAAAUGCUUCUGCGAUCGAGACUCUUGUGACGAUAACUUGUUGUGUCAAGGAGAUUUUUGUUUUAUCGGGUUGCAUCGAAGUGACGACAGAGAUGUCCCACGACUUCGACAACACUGCGGGACUAUUGACGAACUACCGUUUUUGAAUGCUCAUGUGAAUUGUGACGAGAGACAGGACAACUGGCAAGAAGUAUGCAGAUGCUCGGAAGAUUUUUGCAACACCUUCGCAUUUCUGAGAUCAUCGAUUGAUGUUCGACCUGAUCCAAAGGAUUCCGUACAGUUUGUGAAACAAGAUGCACAGUAUCCGAUUGAACAUCGUCCACAACCAGAAACGACGUAUCGCCAGAAUAAUUCCUCACUUAUUGUCCUUCUGGUUAUCAUUCCAUUAUCAGUCGGAGGAUUUGCUGUGUGUCUAAUUUUCCUGAAUUACCAUUGCAAAAUGUGUUGACUGAUUCAUGGAUUCUCCUACUUUCUGUUAGCAUUUCAGUGAGUUUCAGGGACCGUGUGUGUGGUCCACCAAUUUUCUCGUAACCUGUGAUAAUUAUGAUAUUUCAUUGUCCAAUAAAUGUAUUUCACCUGGU